CCCUUUUCGGCGACCAAACUGGGGAACCGACAGGGGUUCCAAAAGCGGGAAAGAGCGACGGAGACUCCCGGACGCGACUCAUCUUAUUUUUCCACGCUAGACUGUUCCAGGCAUACUUAUCGCCUUCGCCGGAGCCGAUACUGACGAUGCACAUCAUUGCCUGCAACUUAUCAAUCUGUCAUUCAACUCAAUUUCUUUUACAGGCUCGACCAAUCUUGCCUUACUGAACCUUCUCACUAUUGUCUCUCAAUAAGAAAUACUGAAAUCAUUGUUAUAUUCAUUCUGGGCCUUCUCAUUCUGCUCUUCCGUUUGGAGAGCACGAAACUCUGUCUUCUAUCGUGACUUCGUGGGGAAAUCAAUGCACUAAUUGUCUCCAUUGAGAGGACUGCGUCCUCCUCACUGAGUAUAUCACUUGAACGGCUGCUCGGAUGGCGCAGACUCCGUCGACACCAUUUUCAUUUCCAUUUUCUCGGACCGGAUUCGCACCAAGCACACCAGCAAACGCCUCCAAUCCACUAGCAGCAACUCCGUCAUCGGCUGGCUCAUCCACCAAUACAUUUCUCAUGUCAACGAGCCCAGUCAAGGCACGAAGGGGAAGUAGUGAAGGCUACAGGCCCCGCGUGAUUCGAACAAUUGGUCAGAAACCAGCUUGUUUGGUCAAUGCAUCUGUCACGUACUGCGGCGACAAUCAGAUCUAUGCUUUUGGAGGGUUUGAUCGGUGGACAGAUGAAGUGUACAACCAUGUCUUGAAGCUCGAUCUCACCACUCUGCAAUGGAGUCUGGUGGACAACUAUGGGGAUAUUCCUGGUGUCCGCAUGGGACAUACCGCCACUCUUUGGCAAGGAGACAAGCUUCUUGUGUUUGGUGGAGAAAACGAACAUCGAACCUUCCUCUCGGAUGUUGUCAUACUUGACCUCAAGACCUUGUAUUGGACUUUACCGGAGAUCUCAGGACCUACUCCUCGAGGCCGAGCCAGACAUGCCGCUACAAUAUAUGAUGACAAAUUGUUUGUCGUCGGAGGACUUGCUGGCCCCAAUCUCCUUCUUGACGAUAUUUGCUAUCUUGAUCUCAAGACUUGGACAUGGUCGAAAUCAUGGCGAUUUGUCGGGCGUUAUGAUCACACAACAUGGAUCUGGGGUGGUCGGCUCUGGGUAUUUGGCGGAAUGGGAGAGGAAAUGGAACGUAACGGCGAGAUUUGGUGGCUAGACAUGAAAGGCAGUCCCGCUUUUGAAACCCAAUCUACAUCUAAUGUCGAAGAACAGACAUUGACAGGCCGCUCGGAGCAAAAUUCCCGUUAUGGAUCGAGCCAAGCCCAGCAGCCUACAGGAGGAUACCUUGCGAACUCUCGUGCAACACCAAGACCCGCAUCGACUCCUACUCUUUAUAAUUCCGCGAUACCACCAGGAACCGUCUCAUCAUUAAAAUUUGUUUCUGGACCCAGUUUGCCGCCUCAGGCCUCAGGAAGUCACUUUCACGUCUUCUCUUCUGGAGCGCUCCUGGACUUUGUCACUCCUGCCUCGACAAUUCGCUCCUCUGAAUGUUGCCUUUCUGCUCUCGAGCUGGACACGCUACGUUGGCAGACGCUGGCCGAGGGUUCUGAUAUCUUCAGUCAGGGAUAUCGCUGGCAGUAUUGUGCAAUGAACGAAGAUGGCACAAAAGCUUGGUUACUUGGGUGUGCCACUGAGCCUCCCCCUGGAGGCGCACCAUCUAUGAUGGACGAGUUUCUGAGCGACGUGCUUCCCAUUGACCUCAAGAAGUUUGGUCUGCUCGGCAACCACAUGGCUUCCCAGCAACAUGCGGACCGUAGUCAACUGCCUGCAUCCGAUAGGAAUGGACGCUCUGAUCUAACGGGCCUUGGUGCGGACCUAGUGGGGAUGUUUGACAAGCCUCCUGAGACUGGCAGUGGAGUUGACUUCAUGGUAACUGCAGAAAGAGAUUCCCAAGAUGCACCCCCAGGAGAAGGUGCUUUUGGGCCCGCCCCAGAUGCAGUCGAUUCUACGCAAAGCUUUGCAGCAACUAAUCAGCCAACAUCGCCGCCAAUACAUGUUCAUAAACUUAUUCUUCAAGCUCGUUGGCCACAUUUUAGCCGUCUCUACGCGUCGCAGAUGGCCGAAUUUCAUACUAAAAAGAUGCACAUUCCCGAGCCAUAUUCGGUGGUCAGGGCUUUUCUAUAUUACCUUUACACGGACAGCAUCACACCUCAUCCUGAAUUUUGUGCCGACUUGGGGGACGUUGCUGGCUUGUUGGUCAUGGCGAAUAUCUAUGAUAUGCCACGGCUACGUUUGCUGUGUAUUAAUCGCCUCAGCCGCGAACUUGACAUUGACCAUGCUGCCAUUAUUUGGGAGCGCGCUGGGACUGCAAAUGAAGAAUGGCUGCGAAAAAGGGCGGCUCGGUUUUGCUUGGCUCACUGGGGCCGAAUUGUUAGGACUGCCGCUUUCAAGCGACUAAGUCGCCAGAGCCUUCUGGAGUUGUGCGAGGAAUCGGAUCACGACAGUAAGCUCAUCACCGGCGAAGAGAUGGAGGCCAUCAGCGAGCUCAAAUUUGCGGGAAGUUGGUAUGGGAGAAAACCCAACGAGGGCCUGAAUUCUGGCACGGGAAUACUCCUUGGGGAGGAAAUGGAAGAUGGCGAUGGCGAACAAGAGGAAGGCAUGGAGAUGAACUAGGUUGGUUUGCUCUAAAAGUUAUCGAGAAGCAUUCCCUGGCGCCGUUGCUUUGGAGUGGAAAUUCGUCUUUAUGAGUUCGAUUUUGUGGCGUAGGGUGCUUUCACUGGCGCAUGUUUCUGGAGGAUUUCUUAGCUUUCCUUGCUUUUGAACCUAACCUCUGCAUACCACCAGCGAAUAACAAUGGGGGUUUAUGCAGGAAGCAUUUGCCAUCUGGCGUACCAUUUUCUGUAGAUAUUAGUUUUCAUUGUAGAAAUAAACAAGACGAGAUGGAUGCCUUUUUAUAAAAUGCAUCGACGUGAGAAUUAAAGGACUUCAACUUUUUUAUUCUCUAGCCAAAUCAAUAUAAAUCGCCCCAUAGCUAAUAUAAAAAUUUAAAUGCCUCAAAACCGAGAGAAAA